AUGGCAACUGAAAUUGUAAACUUCUUGCGUGCUUGUACAGUCUGUGAAAAAUUCUCACCCAAUAACAAAAAGCAAAAAUUGUUACAAAUUCCAUUACCUGAAAAUGUAUUUGAAGUCAUAGGUCUUGACUUUGCUGAAAUAGGUAAAAGUUACUUAAUUUUAGUAGAUUACUUAUCCAAAUGGAUGGAGAUCUUAGAAAGAUCCUCACAUUCCGCUCAAUCAGUUAUAACAGCCUUAAAACCAAUAUUUGCAACUCACGGUUACCCAAAAAUUGUAAUAUGUGAUAAUGUACCCUUUGAUGCAGCAGAGUUCAAAAAGUUUAUAUCUGACCAUAAUGGUAAGGUGGUAACUACCAGUCCUUGUUAUCCACAGGCUCAUGGGAUGAUAGAAGUAUAUGUAAGAAUUGCUAAAAAGAUUAUUUUAAAAAGUUUGGAAACCAAAACUGAUUUAUAUGAAAUGUUACUAGAAUAUAGAAAUAUGCCACUAGCCAGUGUAAAUGUUAGCCCAGCCCAAAUUUUACUAAGCCGCAGGCUUCGCAGCAAUCUACCCAUUGAUUCAAGGUUACUAAAACCCAAAAUUUUAAAUUAUAGAACAAGAAUGGUAGAAAACCAAGUCAGAGUUAAAGAACUGUAUGAUAGACAUGCCCCAAGAGCCCCACAAAGUUUUCAAAAUGGGCAAAUUGUUGCAAUUAAGCAAGGGAAAUUUUGGGAGAAAGGAACCAUCUUAAACCAUGCGGAUACCCCAAGAUCCUAUUGGAUAAAAUUAAACAAUGGAAAUGUAAUCAGGCGUAAUGACUUUCAUAUAAAAGUUUCGAGUACUUCUACUCCAGCCCAUGAUCAACGACACAAUUUUUUAUUUGAUCCAAUAGAACAGGAUGACCUCCCUGAACAACCUGCGGAUAAUCCGCAACCACCUAUAAUUCAGCAAAAUUUACCAAUCGAACGUCCAAUGCGUGAUCGGAAACUGCCGGUCUGGAUGGCUGAUUAUUGUUAA